AUGCAACCACUUACACCACCCAAUACCAAGAUCUCGUACCAGGCAGCAACAAAAGAGCACCUGCAGCGGAAGCCCAAUCCACUCGGUUAUACCCCCUUUGAGUAUUGGAAGGGCCCUAAACCAGUAAUACCAGGCUCAAAGCAGCCACACAGGCCGAACAACACCGGGAGAACUACCACAAUUGCGGUAACGUCGCUCCACGCGAGCAGCGACCCUACGGCACAGCAAAAUUCGACUGUAGUAGCGUCGGGUUUCCCAGCCGAGAAGCAGGGCCGACUCGGGGAGAAGGCUUCUCUCGACUAUACAAAUAUGGGUUGGGACACUCCAGAGCACGGAGGCAGAGCUGCUGGUCCAGCUUCCUUCCAGGUUCGCGACGCUAACGGUAACGUCGAGCUGCUAUCGGGACAGCCGCCCUCAUAUGCGAACGCACAACUACCGCCUAGAGACAUGAAGGGCGAACCAUCGCGGUGGAAUCCGCGAUACUGGCGAAAGCGCACAUGGGCCGGCGUGGCCCUAGCAGUGAUCGUCGCAAUUGUAGUUGGAGUAGUCGCUGGCGUCCUGGUUGCCAAGGCCAAUCGCUACCCCGACUAUACCAAAUUGACUUACACCCUGGAAGAGACGUACUCGGGCACCGAUUUCUUCGACAACUUUGAUUACUUUGAAGGAUACGACCCCUCGGGAGGCUUUGUGCACUAUGUCCCUCAGGCCAGGGCUGAGCAACUGAACCUGACCUAUGCCUCCUCGAGCUCAGCCGUCUUGAAAGUCGACACUUCGGUCGGAAACACUUCGAGCCCUGACGCAUCGACGGGUCGCUUCUCCGUCCGCGUCACAUCCAAGACGCAGUACGACCGGGGCCUGUUCAUCUUCGACGUCAAGCACACGCCCCUCGGCUGCGGCACGUGGCCGGCGCUGUGGCUGAGCGACCCCAGCAACUGGCCGGACAACGGCGAGAUCGACGUCAUGGAGACGGUCAACGUGGUGGGCACCACGGACAACCAGAUGACGCUGCACACGGACUCGGGCUGCGCCAUGGACGUGAAGCGCAAGAUGACGGGGACGUCGAUCCAGGCGGACUGCAACAACGCGACCAACUCGAACGCCGGGUGCGGCGUGGCGGGCGCGUCGUCGUCGUACGGGGCCGACUUCAACGCGGGCGGCGGCGGCGUCAUGGCCGUCGAGUGGCGCGACGAGGGCAUCCGCAUGUGGCAGUUCGCGCGGGCGGGGAUCCCGGCCGACAUCACGGGCGGCAGCCCGGACCCGAGCUCGUGGGGCACGGCGGCCGCCGACUUCCCCAACACGGACUGCUCCGUGUCGGGCCACUUCAAGAACCAGAGCAUCAUCGCCAACAUCGACCUGUGCGGCAGCUGGGCCGGCAACGUCUACGCCGACAGCGGCUGCCCCAGCGACUGCACCACCUACGUCGCCAACUACCCCCAGGCCUUCACCAACGCCUACUGGGAGUUUGGCGCCUUCCAGGUCUACAAGUCGUCGUGA